UUCAUUAUAACCGAAGAAGAAGAAGCUGUGCCUAUGUAUCGCUGCAGUGCAUUAGCAAAGCGACAGCAACGCAGGAUUGUAGCUGCUCGGGGGUGCUGAGCAAAUAAUAUCUCAGUCCGGGUUGGAUAGGACUCUCGCAGUUUCUAUAAUUUGAAAAAUAUAUCUAGAUCGACUGCUUUAAAUUUAAGUGAAUCAGAUUGUAACCAGGCUAUUUGUGCUUUUAUUUAUUUUUAUUUGUUUAGGCUAUUUGUUUUGUAUUCAUUUAAAUGACCCCGACUCUCACCAAUGGUGUAAGCUGUGUUCAUCUCUGCCUGGGUAGACCAUUUUGAUCAUCUGGUAUUUGGUAUUUAUUUUAAAUAAUUUAAGUGUUAUUGUUGUACUCUCAGAAGGGAGUCCCUUUACGGAAUACAGCUGGAUUGCUUAGGGGAAUCUUCAAAUCUGUCUGGGCUAGGAGGAGAUUCGAUUUUUUUCCAACCGGGAGUGGGGGAUAAUAUGUCCAGGCGAAAACAGAACAACCCCUUCAAAGUUAAUUGUAGGUAUCUAAGAUAUUGUAAAUGACAUUUUUACUUGUUGAAAAGUAGUGAGGAGGAUCAUUUCCAUCCAUCUAACUAGACGAUUGUUUUCGCCACCGUUGCAAUUGUGAACUGCAAGACAAUGUGUCAAUCACCAUCGUUGAUACAAGCGCCUGAUACAAUGUUUUUGUUCAACCUAUGUGGCGCGACGGCAAUAUUUUAAUAAUUUUGAUGAUACAUUGAAUCAACGAGCGUGACACUGACGACUGUCUGUAUCUUUGAACCAAACAAAUGAUCAUGAACCAUUAUUAGGCUACUAAUACUAUGAUAUUUGUAUGGAGAUGACAACCUCACAAUUGCAUGCGCAGGUCGUUUUCUCUGAGGGAAACUAUUCAGAUAGUUAUUUCCAUGUGUUUACCGGCGCUUAUGUUGGUGGUUUUUAAGAAGAUUCUUUGUUUGAGACAGCAUGAAAACCUGCUGUGGCAUGCUGGUCCCUGUUCUCAACUCUUGUUUUGAGAGUAUGAUAUAGCCUACCAAUGUCAAUGCAAAUAAUGUUAGUCUUGAGAGUAGGACAGAUUUCACCCUUAUUGGUCUCAGAAUCCAUUUAAGAUGUUGUCCCUCGUAUAGUGUCAGUUUAAACUAGGUACAACAUUCUUUUGCUCUGAGUGUACUUUAUGUUUCUCUGGAUAAGCUCUCCACAUCUCAGAUUCAGAUACAGAACCAGUACAGCCAGUGGAGAAUAGCAAUGUCGGUCAUAAUACUGGCAUUGUCAAUGCCUGUGGCCACUAAAACAUGUUUUAUUUCUCUAUUUUAAAGUUUCUGUUCCAUGAGUGUUGUUGUCUCUGUCAUAGUCACCAGCUUAGGGGAGGGUGUUUUUUAGUGUCCCUGACUACUUUAGCUACUUUGGCUAUCUGCAAGCAACAUUCCUCCAAUUCCAAUGGGAGACUAUUCCAGAGCUGGUAUAGGCUAGGUACCACAGGUUUGGUAGCUGUGUAGGGGUAGCCCUGACAAAUUUCUACUGAUGGUAAUGAUGAUGUCCUUUUCCUAUGCAUGCUAGAAGGUCAAACUGAGAGCAUGAUGUAUUGGCCUGCUGAUCUUUCAUAGUGUAGGCUACUGGAUGCCUGAGGACGCAUAAGUCCACACAAGGGGCUCGAACCCAACGAUACAGUGAGAUGACCAUGUAGCCUUUAUGGUCCUUUUCAAAAUAAAAUGUUAUUGGUUACAUACAUGGUUAGCAGAUGUUAAUGCGAGUGUAGCGAAAUGCUUGUGCUUCUAAUUCCGACAAUGCAGUAAUAUCUAACAAGUAAUCGAACAAAUUCACAACUACCUUAUACGCACAAAUGUAAAGGGAUGCAUACGAAUAUGUACAUAUAAAUAUAUGGAUGAGCGAUGGCUGCGCGGCAUAGGCAAGAUACAGUAGAUGGUAUAGAAUAAAGUAUAUACAUGAGUAAUGUAGGAUAACAUUAUUCAAGUUGUGUUAUUUAAAGUGACCAGUGAUCCAUUUAUUAAAGUGGCCAGAGAUUUGAGUCUGUAUGUUGGCAGCAGCCUCUAUGUUAGUGGUGGCUGUUUAACAGUCUGAUGGUCUUGAGAUAAAUGUUUUUGAGUCAAUCGGUCCCAGCUUUGAUGCACCUGUAUUAAUACGUGACCUUGCCUUCUGGAUGAUAGCAGGGUGAACCGGCAGUAGCUCAGGUGUUUGUUUUCCUUGAUGAUCUUUUUGGCCUUCCUGUGACAUCGGGUGCUGUAGGUAGGUAGGCGAGUCUAGUUUGUUUUAAAUAUGGUGUUGAAAUACGUAUUGCUCUAAUGGCCUCAAUAAUUCUUAUGUGCUAAUAACAUCAUCUGGCAUGGGAAACAGUAACACCGUAAGGAUGCAUUGUGUUUCUAGACUUAUUGGUCCAUAGAAGUCUGUUGUUCAAACACAGUAUAGGAUUGAUAAUGGGUGUUGUUUUACUAAGGUAUUUUUUGGGGGGGGCUUCUACAGUGAUGUCUACAAGCUUCACGUACUACUUCUGACUGAUAGUUAUGAAAUAACAACUGUCUUUUUUAUUACCCUCAGAAUGAACCAGACCUUCGCACUUUCCUAUGACCACAUACAGUUGGUCCAUACAGUUGGUCCAAGACAAAUUCACACACACACACACACACACACACCACAUAGUUUAUAAAAUGAUAAUCGGCCAUUUUCUUAACCCACCAUCGAAUUAAACAUUAUUAUAAUCCUUAAAAGUGGUGUGUGUGUGUUGUGAACUGAUGUGAAAUGUCCCUCGAUGUAGAGCACAGACAUUACCAGCAUGGGAAAACUAAUCAGCUAGCCUGUCUGAGCCAAUCAUGGCUGGGGUAGAGGGAAAGCAUAGCAGGGGAAACCACAGCUCUGUUAGAAGUCUCAUUAGCCCUGAAAGGGUUGGUGAUUAUAAACAGGUCUGUUUUGAUAGCAUGCGUUCAGGUUGUAUCAGAAUAGUCUUCAUUGUGGAUCUAUAAUGUAUCAUCUUCACAACACACAUACUUGAGGAAGCCAUACAGAUGGGUCAUUUUCUGUUGAUUUGUCUGAGUGGAGUUGGGAUCAUUUCAGACACUUCACUGGGGAGUAGGGCUCCACAGAGUGGGAGGGAUUCUGGAGAAAAAGGGAUCACCUUAAUUAAAUACCAGGCUGUCAAUUAGGCGAAGUGAGAAAUGAUCUGGGAGUCUGGGAUUAGCUGAUGUCUGUGUUUCACCAUUCCCAUGGUCCUGAACACCAGAGUGCCUGUACACAGAUGGAAGGCAGGGGCCCCAGCACUUCCUGGAGACUCAGACAGUAUUGUGUGACUGUGUGUGUUGGAGCAGAGGGUGGGUAAAAAAGAGGGGAGCUUGAAUUCAACAGGAGCCCCAUUGCUUAGUGUUUGACUAGAGUUUUGGCAUUCUCUCUUUUGUCUGUUUUGUUUUGUCCCCCCUUCCUCCUCCUCUCUCCCUCUGUGUCUGUUGGCUGAUGAGUUUGUCUUUGUCUGGAUUCAGUCAGACACUGCGUCACCUCCUGCCUACAGACACGCAGACUCAGAGAUAACAUCAGAGUGGCAGAGACAUGGGGAGGGAGUGCGGGAGGGAGAAGAGACAGAUGUACAGACAGACCCUAGCAGUGGGGGUGGGGUAGCUCUCACACAUCAAUCAUUGGCUGUGUGCUGUGGAGCCAGUCUGUAGCAGUUCAUAGUUCAACAAUCAGACCCACUCUACCAAUGCUAAUGAGUGCCUGGAUCACUAUGGCAAAUGUUCCCAAACUAUUUUCACAUUCUAUACUCUGCUAAAAAGUUAAUGCAGGAAUGACAGCCCUGUGAAGAUUAGAGUGGAGUUUAAAAAAAUGAUACUUGAAGAUUAUUCCUCAACCCUCUCGCACACAGACCAUGCUCCUCAGUGGUAUGUUACUCCAGGAUUAGAACAGAGGCUGUAAUUACCUCUGCCAGCCUCAGGUAACUGGAUGAGAGAUGUUCCUUCCAUCACACUGAAUGGAAAGACUGGACAGGAAGGGGAGGGGGAAUUCAUUGCAUUCAGAAGCAGAGGGUGAUAACUGGAGGGCUAUGGAACCUAAACUGUUGCAGUUUAAAUAUAUAUUUUUACCUUCGAGAUAAAUCAAAAUGAUCAAAAUGAAAUCUCCAUUUAUGUAUACUGAUCCUGUUUUGAUACUGAUGACAGGAGAGGUCCUCAGGAAUGAGUGUACUGUCACUAACAACUGAGGAGGUACUGUGCUCCCAUCACAACCGUGUCAAGCUUGGGUGUAGAUCGGAGGGGAAAUGGGAUACGAAUGCAAUGAGCAGAGAUGCUGUAAAAUGCUAAGCGCCAUGUGAGGGGUUUAAGCAGACACAUAUGGGCUCCGUUGGUGAUGUAUUGGCCUCCCCCUCAGAGCUGCUGGUAUGGAUAUAGAACAGUCAGAGCUGCAUAUGAGCAGGGAGGACAGAGGGUGAGCCAGGCUGUGCGGUAUGUGGGUGGUACUGAGAGCGGGAGAAACACUGCCUUGCAGGCUGCUACUGGAAAGGAGUGCAGGCUGCUUCCCCCUGGGACUGCAGCAUGCCUGGAUAAGCGUGUGUGUGUUCGUUCUGCUUCUGUGAAAAUUGGGGGUCUGGUUGUGUGAAUGUGCAUGUGUCAACGUGCACUUCUGCGUUGUGUUGAUGCAGCAUUAUAUUGGCAUGUCAGUGAAUUUUAAAGCAUCCUUGUCAACUGCAUAUAGGCUAGGUGAAUGAUUGUGUUUAAAGGUUUAGGUCUUUCAUGUAUUCUGUUGUGUUUCUACAACUGUCUUGUACUAGUGUAUUAUAACAGCUAUGCUGGGUUUAUGUGUGUAGCUACGGCUCCUUUAAUGCUGGAUAGGCUUGCUAUUCUAAUCUGAAGCACUUUCUUCAGUAGGCUAUGUGUGAUAGAUUGCUUGGAUUUUUGUGGCUAGUCAGCACCUACACCAGGUAACUGAAGUACAGACUACACACCAGGCUCUCUGGUGUUUGUUAUGCCCUCCAUGUUAAAUAUUACAGGUCUGUGCUCUAGAAAUGUCUUCCCCUGACUUCAUGAUCACGCUCCGCCUUGCACUACUGACCUGUCAAUCUUCUGUUCCAGGGCUGUCAUUCCUAUGCCUAGCACGUUUUACCUCAAGGCUUUGUCUACUAGCUGUAUUUUCCUGCAUUGUCUUGUAAUAUAUCAUAUACAAUAUAUUAUACACACCUGACUCGAUAUCAAAUCAAUAAAAAUAUUUUUCUAUAUCAUUGAGGAUAGCCUCAAUCAAGAAUACGAUGGAAAGUGACCGCCCAUUUUACCUUGGUUCCUCGAUCUUCUGGUUUUUGAAUGGGCUUUCAAGGUUAUAUAACCAAAUUCCCAAACGCUGUCAUUUAAGAUAUACAAUUAUAUUCUUAUUUGUGUAUUAAUUUACUUCUACCCGAUGCCUUUUAAGAUGUUAAUUUGCAUCCUGUUUGCGUCUGUGUCUGUUGGAUUUAAAAACAUUUAAAAAAGGAAGAAAGUCGACAUGUAGUUGUCACACUUUCCCAUCGUAACCACCCUUAUUUUUGAAACGUUACUAUGGGCACAGCCAAACAACGGAAGUGAUGGAUUCGACUUUCGCUUUACUUCUCUACUGCAGCUCGCCGUUGGCAAAUUAGCCAGAGUCAAUUAUUUGGAGUCAUUUUAUAGUAUACAGUUUAAAAGUCAAGUAAACGAGUAUAUAAGCGUAAUUUUACAUUUAUUUCACUCAAGUUCUCUGUUAGCUAGACCUACUAGGCUAGUUCUGUUGUGAUAAUAACGUUAGUUGUGUUGUCAGAGUUAAGGGCCAGGCACAAAGCCAAUAACUAUAAUGAUAAACUAUAGGCUACAUAACUAUAACAUGUUGGUGAGGAUCCACACUAGAGGAAAGUUCUUAUUGUUCUGAAGUCCUACACCUGUCAAUCAACUGAUCAACGCAUCCUACCUGCCUAUUAAUAAGGGCCCUUCCACAGCACCGGCUUUGCAGGCCCCCUCCACACUAUUAACAUGGAUGGCAGGGAAGAUUUCAUUGAGGACACCGAAUGCCACAGCAACAAUUCCCAACAGGACAGCGUUUCAGAAGACAGUGAUAGCGACCUGGACAACCACGACUCAUCCUCCAACACCUCAGCUGACGACCACAUGACCUCCACCAAGAGAACACACCACAGGGGAGUUAAAGAAGAGAGCGAGGAGGGGGCCGACCUGAUGAACAGCUGUGUGUGUCCUCUGUGCACCCUGGAGUUCAGCAGCCCCGAGCAGCUCAUCACACACGUCUACCAGCACACAUCGUUGAUGGGCAGCAGUAAGAACUACGUGUGCCCAGUGUGUGGGCGCGCGCUCAGCUCGCCAGGCUCCCUGGGGCGCCACCUUCUCAUCCACUCUGAGGACCGCCUCUCCAACUGUGCUGUGUGUGGGACACGCUUCACCGACACCAACAACUUCAACAGGGAGAAGCUCAGAGAGAUCCUGAACACAGGCAGCAGAAUGGAAUGCAGCAGCGGAGAUGAGAACUGUUCCAUGUCCCGGUCUCUCUCCGGCAGCCCCAUGGGCAACCCCGGUCAUGGCCUGGGACACAGCCACGGGCCCGGCCACAACCAAGGACACGGUCCAAACCACAACCCUGGCACAGGCCACAUCCCGGGACACAACCACGGCCCGGGAUACAACCCCGGCCACAACCAGGGACACAACCAUGGCCAAGGUCCCGGACACCUCCCAGGCCACCCACUCCCCUCGCUGCACCACAGCCUCCUCUCUUCGCCCCCCACCUUCCCUGACACCCUCAGCCCCUCACCAGGCCUACCUCUGCUGCCAGACAUCCUGAGCCCCAUGCCUGUGCACCCGGCCGGAGUGCUGCUGGUGUGCAACAGCUGUGUGGCCUACCAGCAGCUGGUGGACGCCCAGUCUCCUAUGAGGAAGUGGGCCAUGCGCAGGAAGAACGAGCCGGUGGAGGCACGCAUGCACCGUCUAGAGCGUGAGCGCUCCGCCAAGAAGACCAAGCGGGAGCACGAGUCGCCCGAGGAGCGGGAGCUGCGACGGCUGCGGGACCGUGAAGCCAAGCGGAUGCAGAGGCUGCAGGAGACAGAGGAGCAACGGACACGGAGGCUUCUCCGCGACAGGGAGGCCAUGCGGAUGAAGAGGGCCAACGAGACGCCAGAUAAGAGGCAGGCCAGGCUGAUCCGUGAGAGAGAGGCCAAGAGACUGAAACGGCGGCUGGAGAAGAUUGACCCCUCCCUGAGAGGUCAGAUAGAGCAUGACCCAGCUGCUAUGGCCGCCCUGACGGCAGACAUGAGCCUGUUCCAGUUCCCCUGCCCCAUGCCUGUUCCCUCUCUGGACAACAGCCUCUUCAUGAAGCUGCCCUAGCAGGACCAGGUCACUGGGGGCAGCACACUGGACCACUAACAGUUACAAUGACUUACUCCACUACGCCUAUGGGUUGCCAUGGUCACAGAUGGAACCAUUCCAUGCUGGUUGAAAUUCCAGCAGCUUCUGUGUCCAACGACUUGAUACCCAAACUCCUGUGUCAACAAAUAACAUUAAUUUAUUGCAGGGUCAAGAAUGUUUCACUUAAUGAUAUUGAUAAAGCAUGUUGUCAAGAGAUUUGAUCUGUUCAGGAGGCUAGCAGACUUUGACUUAGCAGCCCAUUGUGUCAGGAGCAGUUACACCCUUCCAUCUUUUGCACAUGGACCUUUAGUGGUGGGAGUGAGUCACGUAGCCCAUGGCUCUUUCCCUCGCCUCUGGUCCCUUCUGCUCGCCCAGUCGCUGGUGUUUACCGGCGGCUACACCUCUCUCUCUCACGCUGCCAACGUGGGUCUCUGCUCUGGCUAGCUCAUAUCCACCCAAUCAACUACCUCAGUAAGGGCCGAGGACGAGCCCUCUGGUCUACGUUCUGACUCCAAGCUUCUUUACACGUACACUACAGAAGAGAAUGCGGGUUGUUUCCUUCGUUUGAGGAUUUGUUUAUAUCUUUAGGAUGUGCUUACUGGGGGAAUAUUCAACAGGACAGAACAUUCAGAAAUGUAUGGUAUAAAACGGGAACGAUAGAAAACGGGCCUGUUCUAUACAUCACAAUUCUAUCCACUAUGCUCAGAAUAUUCUGUACUAUUUAAUGAGCCCUGUUUUGAGCAACAUUCUCCUUCAUUCCAGCAUGUUCUCUUCAACUCAAUAUACAGUUGAAGUCGGAAGUUUACAUAAACUUAGAUUGGAGUCAAACCUAUAGUUUUGGCAAGUCUGUUAGGACAUCUACUUUGUGCAUGACACAAUUCAUUUUUCCAAUUUUAUUUUACAGAAAGAUUACUUCACUUGUAAUUCACUGUAUCACAAUUCCAGUGGGUCAGAAGUUUACAUGCACUAAGUUGAUUGUGCCUUUAAACAGCUUGGAAAAUUCCAGAAAAUUAUGUCAUGGCUUUAGAAGCUUCUGACAGGCUAAUUGACAUCAUUUGAGUCAACUGGAGGUGUACCUGUGGAUGUAUUUCAAGGCCUACCUUCAAAAUCAGUGCCUCUUUGCUUGACAUCAUGGGAAAAUCAAAAGAAAUCAGCCAAGACCUCAGAAAAGAAAAUUGGACACCUACACAAGUCUGGUUCAUCCAUGGGAGCAAUUUCCAAACGCCUGAUGGUACAACGUUCAUCUUUACAAACAAUAGUACACAAGUAUAAACACCAUGGGACCACGCAGCCGUCAUACCGCUCAGGAAGGAGACACUUUGUCUCCUAGAGAUGAACAUACUUUGGUGCGAAAAGUGCAAAUCAAUCAUAGAACAACAGCAAAGGACCUUGUGAAGAUGCUGGAGGAAACAGGUACAAAAGUAUCAAUAUCCACAGUAAAACAAGUCCUAUAUCGACAUAACCUGAAAGGCCGCUCAGCAAGGAAGAAGCCACUGCUCCAAAACUGCCAUUAAAAAAAGGCAGACUAUGGUUUGCAACUGCACAUGGGGACAAAGAUCGUACUUUUUGGAGAAUCUCCUCUGGUCUGAUGAAACAAAAAUAGAACUGUUUGGCCAUAAUGACAUUUACAUUUAAGUCAUUUAGCAGACGCUCUUAUCCAGAGCGACUUACAAAUUUGGUGCGAAAAGUGCAAAUCAAUCACAGAACACAGAAUGACCAUUGUUAUGUUUGGAGGAAAAAGGGGGAGGCUUGCAAGCCGAAGAACACCAUCCCAACCGUGAAGCACAGGGGUGGCAGCAUCAUGUUGUGGGGGUGCUUUGCUGCAGGAGGGACUGGUGCACUUCACAAAAUAGAUGGCAUCAUGAGGCAGGAAAAUGGUGUUUAAAUUGAAGCAACAUCUCAAGACAUCAGUCAGGAAGUUAAAGCUUGGUCGCAAAUGGGUCUUCCAACUGGACAAUGACCCCAAGCAUACUUCCAAAGUUGUGGCAAAAUGGCUUAAGGACAACAAAGUCAAGGUAUUGGAGUGGCCAUCAAAGCCCUGACCUCAAUCCUGUAGAAAAUUUGUGGGCAGAACUGAAAAAGCGUGUGGGAGCAAGGAGGCCUACAAACCUGACUCAGUUACACCAGCUCUGUCAGGAGGAAUGGGCCAAAAUUCACCCAACUUAUUGUGGAAGGCUACCUAAAACGUUUGACCCACAAUUUAAAGGCAAUGCUACUAAAUACUAAUUGAGUGUAUGUAAACUUCUUACCCACUGGGAAUGUGAUGAAAGAAAUAAAAGCUGAAAUAAAUGACUCUACUAUUAUCCUGACAUUUCACAUUCUUAAAAUAAAGUGUUGAUCCUAACUGACCUAAGACAGGGAAUUUUUACUGGGACUAAAUGUCAGGAAUUGUGAAACUGAGUUUAAAUGUAUUUGGCUAAGGUGUUUGUAAACUGCCGACUUCAACUGUAUACUGCCACUACUGUAGGUCUCUUUGCCUUUUAUUAGUCACAUUGACCCUCCUCAAUCUGUUUUUCCCUCGUACCUUCUCAACACUCCAUAACCUUUGCCAAGUAAUUGGUAAUAAUUUCCUUUUUACUUUAUGCAUCUUCGGCUCAUCAAACUCCAAUCUUUGCUGCUGUUAGUGUUCUGUAUAUGUUAGUUACCUCUAGGACAUUUAGGACUGCUAAUUUACUAGCAUUUUUCUAAAUGCCCCAAAUUGUCAUAUUUCCUUCUUCACCCAGCCAACGUAUUUAAAAAUGCUCAUAUGUCAGGGUAAAUGCUAUAUUUUAAAUAACUAAACUCUGCAUUUUAAGUGAUCUCACUUUGCAGAGUUCCACUCAUUAUUAAACCUGUUGACCCUCGACCAGUUGGGAGAGAUCUCUGGUCUUAUCUGUUUCAUUGACCUCAUUCCAAUUGAUAUUUAUGCAACAUGAUGUGAAUAUAUAUAUUUUGUAAAAAAAAAAAGAAAAAAGGGGGAUAUUUUGUUUGGUGUGUAUAUAAGAUGCAAUUACACAUUUUGCCAUGUUUGGUUCUGUACUGUAUGUAUUUGUUUUUUCCUUCUCUUUGGUCAUUUGUUCUCAAUUUCUUUCCUCAAAGGUAACCUCUGAUACGCAAUGUUUCUCAACUGAGCUCUGCAGACAGUGACAACAUUACAUUAUUAGUUUUCUGGAGUAUUCCUCAAGACAGGAACUAAGACCGGUUCUCAGUUUGAGCCACUACCAGGCUGAAGCCCACAACAGAAUAGCAUCCUGCUCAACAGGGAAAAGCUAUUAUAUUCUAAUCGUCCUUAAGAGUGUAGGAGCGGUUCUAACCUCUAUGCAACAGUGCUGUUUAUUCCAAGGGAAAUUUGACUAUUAAAACUAUGCAGAGUGCAGGAAAAAACAAAUGGACUCAAAUGUAUGGAAUUGUGCAACUCAGGCGAUGCAACUCAGUGAGGCCUCUUUGGCCAUAGAUUCAGCGCCCUGGUCCAUGAACUUAUUUUCAGCAGGGUCAUUUCACUAUCCUAAUUUAAGAUACACAGAGAGCAGAGCCAUGCUGCAGACAGUGUCGUCACACAUGGUCAGUACAACAAAAUCUGCUACAAAAUCUGUAUAAUUUCUGCCAAGUACUAAACGUAUGGACACCUUUUCAAUAAUGAAUACUGGGUAUUCUGACUGAUUUUAACUGGCAGCUGACAGUGUCAUCCUCACACAGUGGAAUAAUGUUAUGGAAAAUGUGGAGUACGCUCUUCGACAUUAAAAUACUACAAAGGAAAUGGUAUUGACAGUUUCCCAGGAUCUGUUUGUGCGUUUGAACAGCACUGUUUAAAGCUCUGCCUAGCGUGACAGUCUGGAUUAGCACUGCAUGUCGUGAAACUGCAUUUGUAUUCUGUUAUUCUAUGCCUGCCUGUUUUUGUUCAAUUUAAUCAAGACUGUUCUUUGAACUUUGGCCUUUUUACUAGUCUAUCAGGAUAUUCUCUUGACGUCCAUGUUUACAAAGGAAAUCCUUUUAAGAAGGCCAAAAUCAAUGAGGGUAAACAAAAGUGAAAAGGAGAACACUAUGCUAGUUCUGUUGUCACAAUUCUCAGAAUGGUACUUUUACAGCAGCCGUUCUGCUACUGGAUUAACAGAUGUACAGAUCAUAUUAAAAGCAGGAAUAGAAUGUGGAAAUAAACAUUGACACCCGUGCCGUGUAGUAAAGUCAA